AUGCCUGACAAGCCUGCAACGGUCGUCGCCUACGCGGCGGGUGCUUCACUUGCUGCCAUUGCUGCCUUCUAUGUCUUUGGUCCGACCUUCUUUAUCGAUGGCGAGAACUCUUACCAUACCAACGACGGGCGCAAACGGACCAUCAUCGGCCUGUCGAACCCGGCGAACGAUUGUUUCAUCAAUUCAGUGCUACAGGCCCUAGCCGGCCUAGGUGACCUGCGAUUAUACCUAAUCAAAGAGCUACAUCGGAGACAGCUCGAUGGCCCAGAGAUCUACGAGUCGCCGCCCUCUCUCCUGCGAAAGGGUGAGAAAGCAGAUAAAGUGGUCAAUUUGCAAAAGGGCCCGAUCACCAAGGCCCUGAAGGAGAUGCUGGAUGCGCUAAACGAGCGCCCAAUAUACAAGAAGACAAUAACGGCGCGGCCCAUAAUAGAAGCCUUAGAAAGAGCCUUUCAGACUAGGAUCAGUCGGAAUCAGCAAGAUGCACAAGAGUUUCUGCAAAUUGUGCUCGAGCGGCUUUGUGAUGAAUAUCACGCAGCGCAACGGGCGCGUUUGAGAUUUGCGAAUCCCGAACAAGGUGAAAUCGGCGAGCCUCUGGAGCGAAAGACAACAGGCCUUGCACCGGCACUUUCUGAAGUUUCCGUCGGCACGAACGAGGGAUUCCCAUUUGAAGGGCGAAUGGAAUCCCAGAUCCAGUGCAUGCGCUGUGGCUUCAGGACGAAACCCAGCGUGACUACCUUCGUUUCUUUGACACUGAAUGUCCCGAUGAAAAGUACCACUUCUCUCGAUAAUUGCUUCGACGGCCUUCUUAAAAGCGAGGAAAUUGACGACUUCAAAUGCGACAAAUGUCGGCUACAACAUGCAUUGGAAUGGAAAAACAAUAAAAUAAAAUCGGCAGCGACUGAAAACGAGCGAAUAGACCUGGAGAAAGACGUGGAGAGGAUCCAGCGGGCUCUCGAUGAAGAUCCCGAGGAAGCUCCUGAAGGAAUCACGCUCCCGGAUUCGAGUCUCGCUCCUAAAUGUAAGAUUAAGAAGUCAACUCGCAUCACCAUGUUUCCAAAGGUCAUCGCAAUCCACUUGUCAAGAUCGAUGUUUGACCGUGAGAGCUAUUCGACCAAGAACAUGGCUAAAGUCUCAUAUACCCAACGACUGCGCCUGGGCGGGCUUCUGAAUGAGAAAUGGUACAAGUUACUGGGGGUUGUUUGCCACAAGGGAAGCCAUCACAGUGGACACUACGAAUCCUUCCGGCGCAAUCAUCUUUAUCCUCCUUUUUCUACCCCGGAUGCAUUCAGCGCCUAUGCAACCCGGAACCCCAGUACUGUUUCUUCCGCGACGCCGAGUCCAAACAUCAAGGCUCUUCAUCUUCAACCCAACGGCGCGAACACGGCGGCCGGCCCCUCGGAGACGCCAUCCGGCUCAUCCUCGACUGCCUCAUUACUGGCGAGUAACCGUAGGUCCAUAUCAACAAAAGCGGAAGUAACGGGCGAUUCUACCUCGACGAAGUCGGUGAACGAUGACGCACAGGCAGAGACGUCGCCCUUGCAGAGGACCGAAACUCAAGCCUCCAAACCUCAAAUCAGAACGCAAGAAGCGGCUACAAGCAAGUUUCGCCGACGCAAGAAGUCCAAUGAUCGCUGGUGGCGUAUCUCUGAUGAUAAGGUCAAAGAGGCACGGACAUCGGACGUACUGUCUAUGCAACGCGAGGUGUAUCUGCUCUUCUACGAACUCGAGAGGCCAGGGGACGAUGCGACAUCCUGA